CAGCAAUGGUAAAGGAGGAUAUUGUAAAUUAUAAUGAAGAUUCUGACCCAUCAGUAUGUGAGAGAAAUGGCAUGAUUCCCAUGCAUGAGAAAAGUGAGGAGGGACCAACAGUAGAUGCCAAAGGUACUGAUGGGAAUACACAAACAGAAGAAACUGCUCUCUUGAAUCAUUGUGCUCAGCAACCUCCGGAACCAACAGCAGCGUCUUCGAUACCUGCAAGAACAUGGAGGCAAAUAUUUACUUGUCCUCCUCAGGGUUUACUGGCCCGAACAGUGACAAAGGUUGCAAUCGUGGUCCUGGUUUGGGCUGUGGUUUGGUCCAUCACUGGGACUGAGUGUCUCCCAGGUGGAAACCUGUUUGGAAUUCUGUUUCUUUAUUUUUUUGCUGUCAUUGGAGGUAAAAUUUUUGGAUUCAUUAAAAUACGAACACUACCCCCUCUCCCUGCUCUUCUGGGGAUGCUACUUGCUGGUUUCCUAAUCCGAAAUACCCCGUUCAUUAGUGACAUCGUCCAGAUAAACCUACGCUGGUCUGCAGCACUGAGGAAUAUUGCUCUUUCAAUUAUCUUGACCCGAGCAGGACUCGGCCUGGAUCCAAAGGCUCUUAAGAAGCUCAAAGCAGUCUGUUUACGGCUUUCUUUUGGACCGUGCAUCUCGGAAACAUGCACAGCUGCUGUUCUUUCCUACUUGUUCAUGCAUUUACCAUGGCAAUGGGGAUUUAUACUAGGUUUUGUUUUAGGUGCAGUCUCCCCUGCUGUAGUGGUUCCCUCAAUGCUGAUUUUACAAGCUGGGGGAUAUGGGGUGGAGAAAGGUGUCCCCACUUUGCUAAUGGCAGCUGGCAGCAUUGAUGACAUUCUGGCUAUCACAGGCUUCAACACUUGCCUUGGGAUGGCUUUCUCUUCUGGUUCUACUUUGUACAAUGUGCUCCGUGGAGUGCUGGAAGUUGCUGUUGGUAUAGCAGCUGGGGGGAUUCUGGGAAUGUUUGUUCGAUAUUUCCCAAGCCAUGAUCAGGCGUCUCUGGCAUGGAAGAGGUCAUAUUUUGUACUUGGGCUGUCCAUGUUUGCUGUUUUUGGCAGCAUCUACUUUGGCUUCCCGGGAUCAGGAGGGCUCUGCACAUUAGUCUUAGCUUUUGUUGCAGGUGUGGGAUGGUCUGAUGAAAAGAGGGAAGUAGAAAAAAUCGUUGCAGUUGCAUGGAGUAUCUUUCAACCUUUUCUUUUUGGUUUAAUUGGAGCAGAAGUAUCUGUUACAUCUCUUAGGCCUGAAACUGUUGGGCUCUGUGUUGCUACAUUAGGCAUUGCCCUAGUUGUGCGAAUCAUAGCAACGUUCCUGAUGGUGUGUUUUGCUGGGUUUAAUUUCAAGGAGAAAGUAUUUGUCUCAUUGGCAUGGAUUCCCAAAGCCACUGUCCAGGCUGCAAUAGGUUCCCUUGCCCUGGAUACAGCGAGGAGUCAUCAGGAUGAGCAGCUGGAGAAGUAUGGAAUGGAUGUACUGACAGUAGCUUUCUUGGCUAUCUUGAUCACUGCUCCAGUUGGAGCCCUGGUUAUUGGCUUGGCAGGGCCCAGACUUUUGCAGAAGGCUCAGACAAAUAGCAAGGAGGAUGAGGAAGGUGCUGAGGUUGGAGAAGAGGCAGAGGCCUGCGAACCUUCGUAAGACAGACAACUACAAGAAUAUGGUCCUUCAGCUCUUACGCUUCUGUUGAGUAAACACAGCGUGUCUAAUCUUUCUGGAGGAAACCAAAACAAGUAUCAGUUAUGUAUGCUAUUUUAAAAGCAGCCCUGGUGGAGUUUCAUAAAAUAUUUUUGUGUUGAUGGUGCCUUAAGAGAUGAAAUAGCUGAACAUACAGUGAUUAGGCUGGCCAGGCAGUGAGUCACUGAGAAGUCAGCAGUCAACAGUUACUUGAAAUGUGUGGGUGUGAGGCCAGGAAGAGGAUCAGAAUUGUUCAGGCAUGGAGUGGAGUUAUGAGGUGGAAUAUAAACAGAAGAAAAUGGAGACUAAUGUGAAUAAUUUCUUGAUGGUUGAAACUGG